CAAAUCUAUUAUGAUUUCGGAAGUAACAAUUAUCCAAUGCUAUAUUUCGAUAGGACGACUGGGAACAUUGAAAGCAUGGCUGUAGGAGGGACGCACCGUUCGAUUUUGAUGAAGUUUGGCAAGGAACAUCUACAGUGUUCAAUUUGCCAAGACUUUCUCAAGACGCCGAAGACGCUAUCCUGCCUGCACAGCUUUUGCGAAGAGUGUCUCUUUCUAUACCAAAAAUCGCCACAGCGAAGUAUAUUGUGUCCAUUGUGCAGAAAAGAAACGUCAAGUCCAAAGGGGGGCGUCAGAAAACUUGUGACUGAUUUCAAACUAGCUUGCAUGAUCGAAGAGGUGGUGCGAGCAAAAGACACUCAAACGAUUCCGACUUGCAGCAGCCAUGCAGGAAGGAAAUGCGUGGUGUUUUGUGAGACUUGCUGCGAGCUGAUCUGCUUAACCUGCCUUACAAAAUCCAACCGCCACAGGAAACAUGAAGUUGGAGAAGUCAGUCAAGAAACAGAGGUCGCCAGGAAAAGGCAACUCAUGACAGAACAUCAAGCAAAAUACGAGGAAAAGCUAGCUGAGAACGAUGUAGCAUUAACAACCGCAGGAGUUUUGGGGAAGGACUUGUCAAAGGUGGUACAAAAAUUGCGGAAGGAGGUGGAAGUAAAAGCAAACGAAGAGACUGCCAAAAUCGCUGCUGCCAAGAAAUGCUUACUGGAUGAUAUACAUCAGUUUGAAAAAGAAAGAGAAAGACUGCUCAAUGGAUACACCGAAGAUCUCAAGUCCAGAAAGGAAACUCUGCAGCAAAUUAUUGGCCACUCCGAAAAUGUACUGCAUUUGUGCAAUGACUACGAAUUUCUCCGAGGGUUCUCGAGAGUGAGCUCUGACCUUAGAGUUUUUACUGCCCAUCCUGAUCCGAACAUUGACGAGAACGUAUCGGUACUAGAGUUCAGGCCAUCUACCCCAUUAGGAAGUACUUACCUUGGAAGCUUACUCAGGACAACACAGUGGAAGUUGAGGGCAGAAUCCAGUCACUCGAAGAAUAGUGGUGGCAGAGGUGUUACUACUGGGCGUGAUGGAAGUGUCCUCGUAGCUGACUUGUGGAAUAGACAAAUUGUUACAUUUGCAUCCAGCGAGAGCCUUCCAACCUUUAAAUCCAUAAAAACACGUCCGCGAGAUGUAGCAGUGACUAACCAUCAUUUAGUGGUUGUAGAUGAUACUGCUUUUGUGAAGAUGUUCUCACUUACCGAGAGUGGGGCGCAUUUUCAAUUCCCCACCGUGCCUUGCGAGGUUAGUAAUGACCACGUAGAUCUCCGAAGUGUAGCUGUUGAUGGAAGUGGCCACAUCGUUGUUGGUGAUGUCAAGAGAAAAGUUCUGACGGAGCACAAACCCAGGGAUGGCGCCAUCGUUCGGGUACUGCAGUUGGAAACACCACCGGAGUUCCUGGCUAUUAACAGCGUGUCUCAUACAUUGGUUUCUGGUGAGUACAGUGGUAUCGCACAGGGAGUUAAUCAGGGCGAUACCGUGUUCACCAUCAUGCCGACCAUCAAAGGCACAAGGGUGCGAUGCUGCACCGGAGUGUCCUGGGGCAAGCAUGGGCUCAUCUACAUUGCCAUGCACAACAAAACCACUGGCAGUGGCCAUGUUCACAUGUACGACGCAUUAGGUCGGUUUGUUAAAUGCAUCAUACAGGGGUUGUACCUGCCCCAAGGCAUUGGCCUGACUGAGGAUGACAAACAAAUUGUCGUGGCGGACUACGACAACAUUAAAGUGUAUACAAAAGAGAAUCUCCAAACAUGAACUUCACCAGCACAA